GUAAUCAGCUGACCGAGGGGGCGGGUACGUUCAUUGUGCGCGUUUAACGCGCGCUUUUUACGCAGCCAGGCGCACGGCUCCUUUUUGUCAUCCGGGCUAGAUGCUAAAGUAGCUUUAUCAGUGGCCUCACAGACUACUGGGUUGCAAAAGUCGCGUUUUACCGUUGCAGUCGUUUGAUCGGAACCAGCGGUCUACACCUCCACGGGGGAAGAGCCAUCGGCCUGCAACAGCGCAGAGACGACAAGCAACUUUGCAAUGGGCAAAAAGUCUCGUGAAGAGGCGUCUUCAUCCUCUGAUGAGGAGGAAUAUGUGGUGGAGAAGGUGCUGGACAGGAGGGUAGUGAAGGGACGGGUCGAGUUCUUCCUGAAAUGGAAAGGAUAUUCAGAUAAACACAACACAUGGGAGCCAGAGAAGAAUCUAGACUGCCCGGAGCUUAUUGCAGAAUUUAUGAAGACCUACAAGAAGAGCAGUGGUGGGAGCUCUACACCAAGCAGUGGAGCCAGCAAAUCGAACACAGGCUCAUUGGGGCGCUCCAAAGACUCUAGUAGUUUGAAGAAGAGAAGCUCAGAUGAUGAUGAGGAGGGUGGAAGUAAGCCCAAAAAGAAAAAAGAGGAUGAUAUUCUAGUUGCCCGUGGCUUCGAAAGAGGGCUUGAGCCAGAGAAGAUUAUUGGAGCAACUGACUCGUGUGGAGACCUUAUGUUUCUCAUGAAGUGGAAAGACUCUGAUGAGGCUGAUCUUGUGCUUGCUAAGGAGGCCAAUACGAAGUGCCCACAGAUUGUCAUAGCCUUCUAUGAGGAGCGCCUGACCUGGCAUGAAGACAGUGAUAAGAAGGAGAAGGACGCUGUCAGUGCGUGAAAGCAUCACCUCAGGAGGAAAUGGGACCUCCUCCACUGCAGGGACAACUUGGAGUCAGACAUUUUUCACACCCAAAACCUCCCAUUUUCUUCUUUCCCAUGUCCAAUAACACAAAAAGCAAACUCGGUCACAUUACUUCCAUCCCUCAUUGGAGCUCAAGGCUUCUGAGAUGAAUCCAUCAGUCAGGAGUUGCUGUAGCAAAUGUGGGUGAUGUGCUACUGUUUAGCUUUUUUAAUAUUUGUGUUUCCUCGUCAUGUUAGUGCUUAAACUGACAUAAUCAUUAUCCUGUAAGGUACAUGUAUCCACGUGUACACAUGACUUUUUUUUUUUAAUAACUCACAAGAUGAGAGCCAGUGAUUGUGCAAGCCAUGUUAACCCUGAGCUUGUCACAAGGGGGCUGUGCACUGAUGUCGUUACAAGCAGUUUAGCGCUCAACUUCAAGAACCACCUGAUGUACAGGAAGCAACUCUCGCAGCACUUUCCUGUCUGCAUGAAGUUUUUAUCGCCUGUAGGUUUUUAUUAUUUUGGUUUAUUGCGUUUACCCAUGUAAAAGUAGUAACUGUACAAGCUUGCGGAGGACACUGGCCAAUUAUGUCUUUAUAAUGUAGUGAUUAUUUCUGUCUUUUUCCCUUUUUAUAAAAUGGCUGUUUUAUCAAUUAUUUCCAUAUUUUAAGGUAUUGACUUGAUAUGGUGUUUUCCAAUUGUCAUCUAUCACCCAUUUAAGAAAUGAAAUAAAGCGUUUUGAGUUUUGUAAUUUUUUGAUUUAUGUUUUUUUAACUGCAUCAUUAGUGGCACUGGGUAGAAUUUUAGACAAUCUUGCUGUAUUCACAGAACCAGCAGUCGAUUGGUCAUUGUGGGCUGCCACCUUGUGGCUAGAAGAUCAACCUUUGGAUCGUGUGACUGACGUGUAUCACAGCCCUCCAGUUUUAUUGUUGUUGUUUUUGUUUUUUUUUACUUGUGGUUUGUAUUUUGUGCGUGUGCGUGCAAAAAAAACAACAAAAAAAAAAACACGUCAACUUGGCAAUUGGACAAUGUGUUCUUGAUGAUUGUUAGUUUAAGGUAGUUUAAUAAAAUUAUGAAUAUCCAGGGUUUGGAAGCAAUGAGUAACUGAAUUGUUCUUGGUUAGAUCUAUUUAAUCUUUUCUUGGACAAUGUUACCAGGUGAGCAGAGGUUGUUUUUUUAUACAAGACGGGGGCCUGUUCUGUAGUUUGAUCUGCUGUGUUUCUAUGGGCUCUUAGGACCAAAGGUUAGUGAGUUCAGACUAGAUCAGUUCUUUUAAUUUCUUUUUUUAAUCCCCAACCUUCCUUUUUAUUUGCCAUCGUGAGUGAACCUUCCUUUCCACAUACAGUCGAUAAACCCUGUCCUCCAUCUAUCCUUUUUUGUUUUUUCAUUAAAGUCCCACUGUUGUCCUCA